CAGUCACGUUUCUUUCAUUUUUGUAGUCAGGCACGACUUGGUCAGCUUCACCAAACAGAAACAUUUGGGGUCCUUUUACUUCACAUGUGCGUCUGCUGCUCUGCCAGCGUGAGAAGAAACCAUGCCGAAGUCAAAGAGGGACAAGAAAAUUUCGUUAACGAAAACAGCCAAGAAAGGACUGGAGUUAAAACAGAAAUUGAUCGAGGAGUUACGGAAAUGUGUGGACACCUACAGAAACUUGUUCAUAUUCUCUGUGGCCAAUAUGAGGAAUAACAAGCUGAAAGACAUCAGGACAGCAUGGAAACACAGCAGAUUUUUUUUUGGCAAAAAUAAAGUCAUGAUGAUUGCCUUGGGAAAAGGAGAAACAGAUGAAUACAAAGACAAUUUGCACAAGGUCAGCAAGCAUCUACGAGGAGAAGUGGGAAUGUUGUUCACAAAUAAAACAAAAGAUGAAGUACAAGAGUAUUUCAGUCAUUUCAAAGAGAUGGAUUACGCGCGAGCAGGCAACAUGGCACAGAUGGACAUAACUCUGGAUGAGGGACCAUUGGAACAGUUUCCUCACUCAAUGGAGCCCCAGUUGAGGCAAUUAGGACUUCCCACUGCUCUCAAGAAAGGUGUGGUGACUCUGCUGAAGGACCAUGAAGUUUGUAAGGAGGGAGAUGUGUUGACUCCUGAGCAGGCUCGUAUUCUGAAACUCUUUGGCAUUGAGAUGGCAGAAUUCAAGGUGCAGAUAAAAUGCAUGUGGAAUUCAGAAACAGGCGAGUUUGAGAACUGUACCGGUGAAGAAGAGUCUAUGCAGGAUAAUGAAGACGACAACGAUGAUGAUGACGACGAUGCAGAAUGAAACAUCUGCAAGCGUGGGAGCUUGCGCAUGUUGUUUUUAAGUCCUUUUUGCCAAACUUCAACAACAGAGGGACAGUGAUGUUGAAAGCAUUCAUCCUGACUGCCAGUGCUACCCCCAGAGUCUGUUAAGUGUCUCUGCUUUUGCCCGUUUUUCACCCCAAAACACGAACUUCUGUCCGUCACCUUGAAUUUGAUGCAUUUUAUGUAUAAGAAAAGCAGUUUGUUGACUUGAGGAAAUUUGUUUUCUUUUUAAUGUAAUGUAGGCAGGCUCCAGAAAAGGUUAUUUUUCCCUGAAAAAUCUUGUGUUUUCAUUUUUACAUUUAUACAUUAGCAAGAGCAAAAGCUCUGACGCAAUACAUACUGGUCUACAGUUGAGCUGGUGGGGAGGAAAAAAAAAAAACAAG